GUGUGUGUGUGCGCAGCAGUAGCACUUCCGCUCGGAGAGACACGCGCGUCCACGGAUACACACCGACACAAAGAGAGUGUUUGUGUUUCACUCUCACGUAGAUCGGGAUGUCGGAUGAGGACUCGCGUGCAAGCUCUAGUUCAUCUUCCUCCUCUUCCUCCUCCACCCAUCAGCAGCAGGAGAAAGACACACCUGGAAAAAAGAAAGACAGCAAAGUCAACAUGAGCAAGACAUCCAAACUCCUCUCCACAAGUGCAAAGAGGAUUCAGAAGGAGCUGGCUGACAUCAUGUUGGAUCCCCCACCCAACUGCAGUGCGGGUCCAAAAGGAGACAACAUCUACGAGUGGAGGUCCACUAUCCUGGGUCCUCCAGGUUCAGUGUAUGAGGGGGGAGUGUUCUUCCUGGACAUCGCUUUCACUCCAGACUAUCCCUUCAAACCACCCAAGGUGACGUUUCGCACAAGAAUCUAUCAUUGCAACAUCAAUAGUCAGGGUGUGAUCUGUCUGGACAUCCUGAAGGAUAACUGGAGUCCAGCGCUUACCAUCUCCAAAGUGCUACUGUCUAUCUGCUCUCUGCUCACAGACUGUAACCCUGCUGAUCCUCUGGUAGGAAGCAUCGCCACGCAGUACACAACCAACAGACCAGAACACGACAGGAUAGCCAAACAGUGGACCAAACGCUACGCCACAUAAUUUUCUCCGACUGCAGAGUGCUGCCUGUAAGACAUCUGUGGGAAGGGGUGGCGGGUCUAAAAGAGGAACUGGGGUGAAUGGGAUCCAUAGGGUAGAAGAUACAGGGGGGGUUUUAUGAUGGAUUUUCAAUUUUGUUUUAUCUUUUCUUGGAGUACUUUUUGUUGAUUGUUUCCCUUGGCUCUAGUAGCAUCAUGAUUUGACAAAAAAAUGGAUCUUAAUGUGUUUUCUUUGCCGCCUUGUUGUAAAUUGAUCUUAUUUGAAGCUUUUUUCAUCCUUGUCAAUUGAAGUCUCAGCAUGAGCCUACGGCACGGUUGUUUCAUGUAUGUAUUUUCCCCACCAAUAUUAAAGCUGAAGUUGGCGUAUAAA